AUGUAUCCGCAAAUACCAAAUCUACGUUGCCUACAAUACGGAAGGGAGAACGAGGCAAACGCCUUGAGGCAACUGGAAGACGAAUUAGGAAUUCAUAUUCGACCAUGUGGCCUCUUCAUCGAUGCCAUUGUGCCUUACUUAGGUGCAACUCCUGAUGGCAUCGUAGACGAUGAUACCAUCGUCGAAGUGAAAUGCCUGGAAUCGGUCAAGGAUUUAUCGCCUGCUGAAGCAAUACAGCAGUUACCUGCGAUACGGCGUAUCUUUCGAGGUGAUGAAAUGAAUAAAAAUCACCACUACUAUUAUCAUGUGCAAGGACAGCUGCACAUAACAAAUAGACAAUAUUGUCUAUUUGAUUUAUGGAUGCCGAAAGGAGUGAAAAUUGUACAAGUACCAAGAAAUGAUCAAUUCUGGGCAACAGAGAUGGAGGAAAAACUUAAGAAGUUUUAUGAGGACUCCAUGUUCCAGGACUCAUAG